CUUCUAGUGUCUCACACGGUCUGUGUCUAGUAGGAGUGGGAGGAGGACCUCCAGCUUUGUGACAUCCUUUAGAUGUCUGUUUACUAGAGCUAAACUACGCCCAGUCUCAGCAGACAGCCUUCAGCCAGUACACAUGUGAUGUAAGUUCUUCAGUGUGUUACGUAACCUUCUCAAGUUCACUGCUGCAUAAAAAGCAGAGUGCAGUAAAGAGAAGUUUCCCUUCACAGCUGAUGUGCACUUUGGUAAAGGAUCCUACCUGUUAGACCGACGAGAUGAAGAAGCUGAUCCUCGACGUGGACACAGGCGUGGAUGAUGCUCAGGCCAUCAUGAUAGCCCUCACGACCCCCAACGUGGAGAUCCUGGCGAUCACUUGCAGCCAUGGCAACACACCCCUAGACAACGCCUGCAAGAACACGCUGCGUGUCCUCAAAGUCUGCAACAGGCUGGAUAUCCCAGUGUACCGCGGAUGUUCAGGGCCCCUGCUGGGUCGAACACGCCACGCUGGAGACUUCCACGGGAAGGACGGGCUGGGCGACGUCCCAGAUCCAGAUGCUCCAGGCCUGGAGCUGCUGCAGAAGAAACGAGCUGCAGAGGCCAUCAUCAAGCUUGUCAACCAACACCCUGGAGAGGUGACUUUGGUUGCCACGGCGCCCCUCACCAACCUGGCCGUCGCAGUACAACUAAACCCUUCCUUCCCGAAGAAGCUGAAGGCGCUUUACAUCAUGGGAGGAAACACUGAAUCCAGGGGUAACACCACAGUGUGUGGAGAGUUUAACUUUGUGGCUGACCCUGAAGCUGCCUUCAUUGUGUUGGACCGCUACACCUGUCCCACCUACAUCGCCACCUGGGAGUUCAGCUGCAGGAGCAGCCUGCCGUGGUCUUUCUGCGACACUUGGCUGGCGCAAGACACAGACAAGGCUCGUUUCAUGGAAAAGAUUUCCCUCCACACCAGGAAGAUGGUCCAGACUGAGCGGUAUCAAAAGGAGCUGGUGGGAGGACCCGGGUUCAACUCCUGUGACACCUACGCCUUGGCCGCAGCCGUCAAUGACACUCUGGUGACGGAGAAGGAAGAGGUUGCGGUGACUGUGGAGUUGGAGGGAACCCACGCCCGAGGCAUGAUGGUCGUAGACUACAUGGACCUGCUGAAGAAGAAACACAAGGUCUUCAUCAUGAAGAAAAUUGACGAGGAGAAGUUCAAACAAAUGAUGAUGAAUGCACUGAAAUAGCAUGACAUGUCUGAGUCCCACUAAACACAUACAGUUGUGCUCGUAAGUUUACAUAUCCCAUGCUUAAGUUGACUAAGUACGAGGAAUAAAAAGAUCAUGUUUUGGAAAUUUAUCUUAAUGCCUUAAUUAAAAAAUGAGGUAAAAUCCAGCCUUUAAUGACACCAAUUUUCUUUGUGAAUGAAUAAUGUAUUGUAAAUAAAUAAAUGUUCUUCCUUAAAAUACAGGGGGCAUUAGUAUACACCCCCCUAUGUUAAAUUCCCAUAGAUUCCCACCUUUUUAUUAUUAAAGGCCAGUUAUUUCAUGGAUCAGGAUACUAUGCAUCCUGAUAAAGUUCCCUUGACCUUUGGGAUUAAAAAGCCCCCCCCCCCCCAUCAUCACAUACCCUUCACCAUACAUAGAGAAUGGCAUAGGAUACUUUUCCUAAAAUCAUCUCUCAAUGCAAAUCAAACCAGCUAUUAGUCAAAUUGAAAUAAAACCAUGCCAAUCUCUAGGUAUGGUGAAGGGUAUGUGAUGAUGGGGGGGGGGGGGGGGGGGCUAUUUUAAUCCCAAAGGCCAAGGGAACUUUAUCAGGAUGCAUAUUAUCCUGAUCCAUGACAUAAGUCUAGUUCUUCCAUUCCAUUGUCUCAAACACAGUAUAGUGGUGUUAGGCAGCGUGCAGCUGCUUUGGAUAAUAUUGCAGGUGUUAGAGUAGUGUGUGUUAUAACCAUCAGUCACAUUCGAAGGCCCGAGGAGAAAACAAUCCAGCUUUGCAGUGUUAUCUUGAUCCAAUCGGAUUAACACAGCAGGAUGCACUUUUUAAAUUUAACUAUUUCUCCCAACAUAAUUGGUAGCCCGCACUAGACUUUAGAGAAUUACAUGGAACCACAUGAAACACAAACAUUCAAAAUAGGCAAGGAUUUGAUUUGUAUGUACCCGUUAUUUCCUUAAAAACUAUUUUUAUUGUCUUCUUUAGAGGCAGACUGACUGAUUACUUAUAUGCAAUAUUAGACUUUUUUUUACUCAUUCAUUACAUUUUUUUUGCAUAUGUCCUCAUUAGUAGAUGUAAGAAAAAUUGUAUCUUCUGUAUGAUUUGUUUUUAUUUUGUCUUUCACUUACUUUACAUAUCCCACUCACUAAUUUCUAUUUCUGAAUUUGUAUCCUAUUCUAUGGACCUUGAGAUACAUUGUCUUAUUUGUUUAUCCAUUAAUGAUGGUGAUGGUGUUUUUGAUUGGUUGUUGCAGCCUAUAAGUUAGUUAUCAACUUAUAAACUAUGCAUGCAGAAAAAUACCAUGUCAUGUGUAUUUCUAGUGUCUUAAUAUCUAAUCACAUAAUGUCAUAAACCAUGUUUCAAUCCAGAAUUGAAGUGAAAAGGCCACUGAGCCACAUGUUUGAUUUUUGACCACUAGAUAAUUCCAAAGCUAAAGGUGGCUCUGGAUGCCUGUUCCCAGGUGAGAGCUGAUCUGAUAGGUGAGAUUUUUAUUUUAAUUUUUUUUAAGUCAAGGCUUUUGGAGGAUCAUACGUGAUGUUACUGUACCAAACACUUUAUGUACAGUAGUUAGAUAGAUAAAACAAUUUCAUGUAAGGGUUUAAAGUAAAUGUACUGCUGGAACACAGUCAGCAUUUUGGGAGAUGGGACUGGACACAGAGUUAACUCCCCCCAAAAUGUUUUGGACAAGCAUUAAAAGAGAAUGCAAAAACCAAGUGUCUUCAGUGUGCCUUUCCCUGGGGAAACAGCCCUCACUUUUGCUGUAUUUGUGCCAACAGUAUAGUAAACUUAAUAUUGCAUUGAA